ACCCGAAGAUGGCUCGUGGCCACCCUGGGCUGGCGCCCAGUGCCUGAGGUCCUUACCAUGGUGAUGAUCCUAAGUCAAAGCCCCGACAAGCAGGGAGCCGACCCCGUAGCAUGCAGGACCUUCAGCCCUGAGCUGCAGACGCCAAAGAAGAUGAGUCGAGGUCCGACACUGUUCUCCUGCGGGAUUGCGGAAAAUGACAGAUGGCGAGACCUGGACAGGAAGUGCCCUCUUCAGAUCGACCAGCCGAGCGCCAGCAUCUGGGAGUGCCUGCCCGACAAGUGUCAGGACAGCACUCUGUGGCACCGGGAGGCCGCGACUGCCUGCGCGGUCACCAGCCUGAUCAAAGACCUCAGCCUCAGUGACCACAACGGGAACCCCUCCGCGCCCCCCAGCAAGCGCCAGUGCCGGUCGCUGUCCUUCUCUGACGAGAUGUCCAGCUGCCGAACGUCAUGGAGGCCCUUGGGGUCCAAAGUCUGGACUCCUGUCGAGAAGAGGCGCUGUUACAGUGGGGGCAGCGUCCAGCGCUACUCCAACGGCUUCAGCACCAUGCAGAGGAGCUCCAGCUUCAGCCUCCCGGCCCGUGCCAACGUGCUCUCCUCGCCCUACGACCAGGCGGGACUUCACCACCGAUUUGGCGGUCAGCCCUGCCGGGGGGCGCCGGGCUCGGCCACCUGCGGACAGGCGGGAGACAUCUGGGGCCCCGACCCGAGCCCUGUGGGCGGGGACCGGCUCGACAUGCAGCGGUCCCUCUCCUGCUCGCACGAGCAGUUCUCCUUCGCGGAGUACUGUCCCCCGUCCGCCAGCAGCACCCCCGCCUCGACGCCGGAGCUGGCCAGACGCUCCAGCGGGCUCUCCCGCAGCCGCUCCCAGCCGUGUGUCCUUAAUGACAAGAAGGUCGGCGUUAAGCGGCGUCGCCCCGAAGAGGCUCAGGAGCAGAGGCCCUCCCUGGACCUUGCCAAGAUGGCACAGAACUGUCAGACCUUCAGCAGCCUCAGCUGCCUGAGCGCGGGGACGGAAGACCACGGCCCCCACAGCCCCUUUGCCCUCCACGUCAGCAGCACCAGGUCCUGGACCGCCCUGCUCUCGGCCUCCUGCACGGGGGGCAGGACCCCUGCCGGGACUCCUGUCCCCGAGCCUCUGCCCCCAUCCCUGGACGACCACCUUGCCUGCCGGGAGGAGUCGUGCUGCGAGGAGUCAGGGGGCUGUGCCCUGGACGAGGGCUGUGGCAGGCGGGGGGAGCCGGGCACGGGCUGGCGGGACCGCGGGGCCGCCCGCAGCAGCCCCUGCUCCCUGGACGGUGAGCUGGACAUCGAGCAGAUAGAGAACAACUGAGGGGCCUCGGGCCCCAGUUGGGGGCGGGGGGCGAGGGUGUUAGAAUCGACGGGCCUUCCCCCGGCGCUGGGCAGGCCCUCCGGGGGAGCCCUACUCUGGGGGAGCCCCACUCCUGGGCCUGAUCAAAGCUUCCUGGAAGGCAUCGGGGCCCAGGAGCGAGCCCACCGCCUCCCCAGACGUGUCCCGCCUGCGGGGUCCUGGCCCAGCACCAGCCGCCCAGCCAGGCCCCACGGUGGAGCGUCUCAGCCUCCCACCAGCACGGCAGCCGUGGUCCACGGAACUGCGGCGGCCGGGUGAGAAGCUUCUUGGUUUCCGUCUCUUUCCCCCUCUCCCUUGUGGGACGUCAGCACGCACGUCCCCGGGCAGUCCCGUGGCGUUCCGACGGGGCUGGCCCGCUCUCCGUGCUGACCCCCGGCCGGGGUUUCCUCCUGGGCUCAGGUCCAUCCACUGGGGUCAAGGCCCUUCUCAGCCUCCCGCUCAGGUUCCGUGCUGGGGAGUCGGCCCGCAGCGCCCGCCUUCCCUCAGUCGUCCUCCGUGCCUUCUCUCCCAGGUCUCCCACUUCAGGCUCGGGAAGGGUCGGGAGAGGCUUCUGUAGUAACACCAGAACCGUUUGGCCUUAAUUCCAAGUGUGGGAGACGGGCCCUGGGGUGCUGGGUGGCCUCCAUAUCUGGACUCUCGGGGUCCAGGGAACAACUUGGGGUGCUCGUUAGAGGCUGUCUAGUUGGGUAGACAUUUGGUGGAUCUUUUGGCCAAAAAGGCAGAGCCACGAGCCCCUGCUGUGGCGUGGAGGGCCUGGCCCCGGGCUCCCUGCCACCCUGGGGGCUGCUUUGGCAGAGUUGGCAGCUGGCAGCCAUCCUCCAUGACUGACCUGUCACUGAGUGUCAGGUGAGUGGAUUCAGGUGAGUGGAGAGACGUCACCAUAAAAGGACAACCUCUUGAAAAUGUCCUCAGGAACCCAGGCCCUGCACACGUUUCGGGGACGGACGGUGUCUGCCGGCCGCUCUGGGGCCCCCAGUCUUCCAAGCACAGUCUCCUCGGUUCGUGGGGCUGGUCGACUGGGGAGCAGAGGAGGAGAGCGUGUCCUCCCUGCUGCGGCCACUGUAGGCACAGAGCGUGGUGUGCAGACCGCCCCGCGUCUACGAGGAGCCCCCACCCCCGACGUUUCACUCCCAGACAGCUCCUCUCCAGCCCCGCGUGCAGACACGCCACAUGGGCUCUGCUCCCUCGGAAUCUGGCUUUUAGCAGCUUGGCAUCUCCCACAGACGAGAGCAGUUGGGUCGGCUCACGGGCAAGUGGCUCCUCUUCCCACGAGGCUGAGUGCCUCUGCGUGUCCUCUGGAGGUCGCUGCCGCGUGGCGGAGGCACCCUCGGAGUCCCUUAGCUCCUGCCCAUCUUCUGUUCACAGCGGGUGCCUCACUGCUGCAGGUUGAGUGCAAAUGCUUCUCACUUUCUUUCCACUGAAGAGAGACCGUAUUUGGGAAACUUUAGUUAAACCUUCACUUUUUUACAUCAGAAGCGUGUUGGCUCAAGUACUCACUUAUACUUGGCUUUUCUUAAAAAUCAGCCAUAAGAUGCUUGCAGAAAACCCCAACUCCGUGGCCCCCCGAGAUUGUGUCGAAAGCCUCAGGUUGUAGAGCUUAAUGGGUGUGCAGGCGCUGGGCGGGCCCCCCCAAAGGCACGUCCCCUGGGGACCCUGGGGAGCCAGAUCCGGCAGCCGGUGGCUCUGGGUGGAGGAAGACAUCUCACCUGAUCCCCACGUGGUGGGCUGUCUUAGAGCUGACCUAGAGGAGGCUGGGGCAGCUGUUGGGUGGUGUCCAGCAGCCUUUGAACUCAGAGAGUACAUGCUGGUGCCUCAUGGCCUCAGACAGCCUGGGCUGGGAGGUAUUGACACCUGGCCCACACCAAGAGUGGCCACAGAGGACGCGUGCAGGACAGCGGUCCUUCCUGGGGGAGGACAAGCAGGGUCCCAUCUCCCUCACUCCCGAGGGGGCGGGGCUGAGCCAGGAUGGGCCUUUCCUUAGGGCCGGGAGGGAACCACAUGGUGGUGGGUGGGUGUCACAGGGCUGUGGUGCAGGUGAUGCCCUCGGACUCUGCCGGCCACCUCCCCCUUGUCAGGCCUGGGGGCAGGGAAGGACAGCAGCAGCCCUAUCCUCCCUACCUCCCUGCAGGCUGGUCUUGUCUACCCCAAAGGCAGAAGGGAUCCCAGCUCAAGGCAGGGUAUGGCCCUUUCCAGCCUCCUCAGGCUUCUCUUGGCUAUUCCUGCCCUCCCUCCCUGCCCCACAACCUGAAGUUCCUCACCCAAGCCCACGACAGCAGCAAAGAGGGGAGAGAAUGGCCAGUGACCCCCUCAGAGAAAGAGAUGGCCUUCAGGUAGCUUCAUCUCAGUCUUGAUGGAAGAGAGCAGACCCCGUCUAGAAGGUGCUGCCGCACCGUCACAGGCCCGGCCGUGCCUGCUCCUCUGGCACCAGGACUUCCGGUCUCGGAGGGAGGCUCUGUCUGAUCCCGGGACGCUGUCCCGGGGAGGGUGGGCAGCUGUGGGCUCACCCCGAGCCUCACUUGCUGGGGCCCUGCCUGUUGCAGCCCAUGAACUCCUGCCUCUGAGAGGGGACUGAGGAGGUUCCGAGCCAGGAGGGAGGACUGUGCCCGGCCAUCUACCUGCCCAGGGGGCCCUGAAGGGCAAGAGCAGGAUCGUGGAUGUGGAGGGGGGCUGCCUGUCGCGUGGCAUCCCUGCUUACUCCAGAGGGAGCGCCUGCUAAAGCCGCUGGACUAACAGGGGCUGCUGCCCACGGGGGCCAGGCCAGGGGUCAGGGCCGGAGCCUCACCGUUUACAUGACCGCAAACCCUCUUGCCUUACUUGUGGUGGAGGCCAGGGCCCGGCGCGGGGCCCACAGGCAGACACGCCAUCCAGGCCACAGGAGAGCUUGUUCUGAUCAUACACACGGAUUUUCAUUCUCAGAAAGCCUUACUUUUCAGCAAAAUUUUUAUAGCAGGAAAGUUUUGUGAAUUUGUACGCCGAAAGAAAAUUUAAAUAAAGGAAAAGUCCACCUUAGAACGAAAACAAACCCAACGUCCAAAAGGGUCCCCAGGCAGGGGUGACGUGCAUUGCCAUGCUCUGGCGGGCACUGCCCGAGCCUCGGCGCACGCCAGGAUGCCCUGCCGUGGGCUCAAGGCGUGUGCACUCCAGCCUCGGGGCUAGUCACCCAAACGAUGACCGCUUCAGGCUCCACGGCCUGGGGCGCGAGCGGUGCCCCUGGCGCCGGGGCGGCAGCCCGGCCAGGGCAGUGCCUCCGUGUAGGCAGUGAUGCCGCGUCUUGCCGCAGCCACAGCUGGCCCGACCCCUCCCCCUUGGCGCCACAGAAAACCAUGCCUCUUUAAAGAGAAAAGGAGAGGAAAAGAUUUUUUAAAAAUCCCAGACCGCAGCGGAGAUCUUGUAGCCUAGGUAGGAUAGUCUUGAUCUUCUAGCAUAGUCUCUUUGGCAAAGAAAUUGUGUUUCAGUGCGGGGGGGCAACGUCCCGGGGCGCGGUGACAGCGCGUUGGCGGUCUCUGGGGCUGUGCGUGCUUUCCCAGCCGUACCUUGUUGGUGCCGUGAAGCUUCAGAAAGUGUGGCGGCCAGAAUGGGCAGCGUGGGCCAGGCCCCUGCCCGGGGCCAAGCUCUGUGUGCAGAAGGCGCUGGGUCUGUCCCCCCAUCUCCACCCACCGCAGCCUGUCCUCUGUGCAGGCCACGACUGUCUUGCACUAGAGCCGCUCUAGUCUCUCAGGAAUUUGCUUGUUACUUUUACUGUGUAAAUAAAGCUUCCUGGUUCAACACCCAGCUGCUGGGAGCCGGCUGUGUGCUUUCUGUUG